ACCCUACACUACAGUACAAAGUGCGACAGCAUUCCUGAAAAUAGUUGAUUCAUUCCUGCGCUGGCCUCCCAAGGUCAUCUCUUUUGUCGUCGGGAUCGAGUCACAGUCACGGCCACUAUACUGUUGAUCAUUAUACAUUGAUCAACAGUAUACUUAGUGGCACUGGCAGGGGCAGACGAUGGCGAACGGUAGAUCAACUUCGAGUUUGGCAGGUUUGGACAUGGAAGAGGUUGACGUCAAGCGGAAACACAAUAGAACGGUUCGGAGAUGGCAGUUAGCCUUCGUCGUGGUGCUGAUAGUGGCUGCGGUUGUGGGUGUGACUAUGGGAUUGUUGUAUCGCUACAAAGAUACUGGCACAGUGACAGUCACCCAACGACCAACUGAAGCGCCGCCACAGCCGACUGGCGAGUACCAGUACGCCAAAGCUGCCGUGGCCGCCGAUGCUGGAGCGUGCUCAGAGAUUGGCCGAGAUAUAUUGCAAAUGGGAGGUUCUGCCGUUGACUCCGCCAUAGCCACCAUGUUUUGCAUCGGUCUGCACAGCUGUCAGAGUGCGGGUAUCGGAGGGGGUUUCUUCAUGUUACACUACAACGCCAGGACUCGAACCGUAGACGCACUGGAUGCGAGGGAAAGAGCGCCACUUGCGGCCACCGAAAACAUGUAUGAAAAUGCGACUGAUGAUGCGUCUACCUUCGGUGGCUUGUCUAUCGGAGUUCCCGGGGAACUAGCUGGCUACUGGACCGCUCAUCAACGCUACGGUGUGCUACCCUGGAGGGAUCUAUUCCAACCUGCAAUCAGAUUAGCAGAGGAGGGAUAUGUUAUAGGCAAAGCAUUGGCUGGUGGCAUCGCUGCUAGAGAGAGUAUCAUCAGAGCAGAUCCAAACUUGAGCGAACUGUUUGUGGACUCUGCGGGGGAGAUACGAAAGGAAGGUGACAUGAUAACUAACCUCAAACUGGCCGCGACUUACAAGAAACUAGCCGAGGGUGGAGAGAAUGCCUACUAUAGGGGAGAACUGACUGAUGACAUCGUGGCUGAUAUUGCAGACAGAGGUGGUAUUAUCACAAAGAAAGAUCUGGAAGACUACAGUGUCCGACGAAGGACACCUCUGAUGAUUGAGAUCGGUGAUCUGAAGGUGUACACGCCCCCGCCGCCAUCAAGCGGUGCUGUGUAUUCACUCAUCAUGAACAUCCUGGAGGGAUAUGACAUUGGUUCUCAAAGCAUAGCUACCACUAAAGCCGAGACCCUAACGACUCAUCGCAUGGUGGAAUCUUUCAAGUUCGCCUAUGCAGGCCGAUCAUUCCUUGGAGAUGAAGACUACGUGGACGUCAAAGAGCUUGUUGCUAACAUGACGUCACAGUCUUACGCAGACUCCUUACGAGCCGCUAUUAGCGACACCGAGUCUCACGGUCCGUCGUACUACAAAGCCUACUACAAUCUGCCAGAUAGCGGCACAUCUCAUCUGUCUGUUGUGGAUGGUGAUGGCAAUGCCGUCGCAAUGACAAGCACUGUCAACCUGUAUUUCGGCUCCAAAGUUCGCGGUAACCGUACAGGGAUCAUCUUCAACAACGAAAUGGAUGACUUCUCCAAACCCAGUCAGCCCAACUUCUUUGGUUUUCCUCCAUCACCGAGCAAUUUCAUCCGGCCGGGGAAGCGGCCAAUGUCUUCUAUGACGCCCACCAUCGUUGUGGAUCGAGACGGGAAAGUUAAACUGGUGGUUGGUGCAGCAGGGGGUUCACGUAUACCAAACGCGUUGGCCCAGGUAUCUGUGGAUACUUUGUGGUAUGGUGAGGGCAUCAAAGAAGCGAUACAACGCAGACGCCUUUUUCAUCAACUCGUCCCCAAUAAUGUCACCUAUGAGCCGGGUUAUGAUCAGGGAGUUAUCGACGGUCUGAGAGCAAAAGGACACUAUCCUUACGAGUCUUCACGCUUGAGUGUUGUGCAAGGCAUACUGCGUGACGCGCAGGGAUUCUUGAACGCCUACAGUGACGACCGGAAAGGAGGCUACCCGGCUGGCAUUUAAACUUUGGUCUGUUUCAGGUGGAGUAGAGCCGUGUCCGAAUUAUUUGCCUACGGCUAAACAGCCCAUAGAAUUUAAUGCUAUUCUUCAAAAUGUACAUUUGUGUACUAUUUUAAAUCUUAUUUUCAAUUUUCAAUUUAACGUUUUCGCGGGUAUUUUGGGUUUUUGUUUUGUUUUAUGCUAAUGCAAAUUUCAAUAUGCAUUCGCAAAAGUGUGAUAUCAUAUCAGGCAGAAACCUCAAUUACAAUGUUGCAAUGGUUUGUGCACAAAAAGUUGCCAGAAUUUUGGAUAUUUCGCUGUCGUAAACUUCUUUUUUGCUUUAGUGAUUUGUUGUUGCCUCAGUUAAUGGCAGUAAGCCAAUGAGCAAACUUUUCUCACAAAACGUUUCAACGAGCAGAUUUUUGGGUUCACAAUUUCAACAGAAAACACCUAAUAUGAACAGAAAUGACAUCACCGCAACAUUGCCAUGCGUUGUCUGGAAAGCAUGGACAAUUUUAAAUGUUGAAAGAAGUGCACUUUUCAGCAAAAUUAAACAAAACGGAAUGUCAAUUAGUUUUCAUGCACUUAAGAGGGUUAUAUUAGAAAGUAGAACAAACUUCCUGAGAAAUAUUCACUUCAUGGCUCUUUAAAAUUACACACUGAUGUGUCUAUAUAAAGCGGCUGAUUCCACUUCUCAAAGACACGUGUGUAAUUGCUGGCGGCAGCCUAAGUAAGACGCUGGCAAGCCACAUCUUUACUUUCAAAAUGUUUUUAUGUUUUACUAUUGCUGCAUCAUCCACCUCCAAGAACCAUUUUUUUAUAUUAAGAUUCUCUUAAAAAUGUAUCUCUCCCUGGUUUCACUUUAAAGCUGCCAUCAUGUCUCUUAUUUCUGAGAAGGUUUCAGGAGUGAUUGCCCGUUGAAACAGGGAAAAUAAUAAUUGUUAAAGCGCUUUGAUACCGCGUUGCCGCGUUAAAGCGCUAUAUAAAUGCCUGCAGGUUACAUAAAAAAUACCGAAUUAAACAAAAAUAUAGAUUUGAUAUAGUCUUUGUUAUGUUUGACUAUACCUACAGCGUGUGUCAAUAAAAACGCAGGAUUCAAAGCGAUUUUUUUUCUGAGAAAAUUAUGCUACUGG